GAAAAAGAAUGAAAAACUUUAAAAACGGACUUUUAGUAAAACAUUACUCUUAGGAUUCCUCUUAGGAUUGCAGAAAGUAUUUGGUCCUUGUCGUAGGAGUUGGAGACGAGCUUCAGUCUAGUGCAAGCAAGCAGACUUGUAGGAUUGCAGCGUGGUCGCGAGACCGCUGGUUUGUUGAGUCAUGAGGCCGCGGGUUUGCGGGGUCGUGGGGGCGCGACCCGGAUUCGCUAGGUCGCGGGGUAGCAGAGUCGCGAGGGCUCGACAUAUCUCGACAGGGACCUGUGCGGGGCUGCUGCGGGGAAGGCGAACGUUCGCGGGGCUGCUGCUCCAUGUACCCAAAGUCAUCUCCUUCCAAUUCCAAUUCGAACACCACCAUUCCGGUAGUUGCAAUCCUCCCCGCUCUCGGGUCGGACUCUUUGACCCGGAAGCCCAUCAGCUUGUGGCCCGGAAUGUUCCACUCGCCGGUGACACAGGCACUGUGGGAAGCGAGGUCUCACAUGUUCGAGAGGCUCUUGGACCCACCAGCAGACGCUCCUCCGCAGAGCGAAUUGCUGAACAAGACUCCGUCUCAGAGCAGGACUACAAUUCUGUACAAUUUCUCAACUGAUUUUAUACUGAGGGAGCAGUACAGGGAUCCUUGGAAUGAGGUCCGAAUUGGGAAACUGCUUGAAGACCUUGAUGCUUUAGCUGGAACCAUUUCCGUCAAGUUUUUUAGAGUAACGGAACAGAAACCAAUUUGGCAGCAGUUCAGUGAUGUGAUUAAAGCUGAGGCAACGGCUCAGACGGUUGAUGACUCCUUAGAGAAGGGAAUUUUGGGACUGUUGCCCAUCCUGGUCCUCCCCCGGAGCUCGGAUUUCACACCACACAAUAUUCUGAGGAUUCUACUCGGCUUGUGACGAAGUUCCAUCAAGGGCCCAGCUCCUCAGGAACAUCCAACCCUGCAUCUUCACCAAGUUUCGACUACUAUACAUUACCUUAUACAAAGGAGGUAUUGGAGGAUCUACAAGAUGAAAAUAUUACCAUGAUUGGCAUUUGUGGGGUAAUCAGAGGAGGUGAUACAGUGACAGCGAGAGUGUUCAUGCAGAGAGUCAAAAGACAGGAUCUAUUUGGAGUUAUGGUUGCACUUGUGUCCCAAAUUCCAGACUUGAAGCAUAUACAAAAUGAGAUUGGAGAUACGCUAGGUUUGAGUUUGGAAAAUAAGAGUUUAUCUGAAGGAGCUACUAUUGUCCAUGGAUUCCAGGAAUUGUCUUGUUAUAUUGGUUGAUGUUUGGAAAAUUCUUGAUUUGGAGGCCACUGAAUUCCCUCAUGUUGGUAGCCACAAAAUUGUAUUGAUGUCAAAUCUCAGAUUGCUAGAUGUGACUGAAUGUAAAAGUCUGCAAAGCAAUACAAUGGAUGUUGCUUUAUCCCAAGCUUAGCGAAACUAGAAGAACUGUACAUGAAGAAUAGCUGCUUGCAAUGGGGGGUUCAGGAGUCAGAGAUUGAUACUAAUGCACAACUUCAAAAGCUUCUUUCAUUGGGUUGUUUUACUGCUUUAGAAAUGAUUCUUCCAAUGAGAGGCAAUCUGCAGUUCUGCACAACAUCCUGCUAUUUCAUCAGCUCCAAAGAUUUAAGAUCUCUACAACAGAGAUGCAUGGUAUGUUAUCGGAUCGAAAUCCUUGUGAGAACUAUAUGAGAAUUGAUCUUGAUGCAGACUCUCUUGUGGGUAGCAGAAUCAAUAUGCUGUUAAAGAGAACCAACACUCUAGUGUUAAACAUGUUUAGAUUGAGGGACGCUCUCAAUCUCUUAGAUACAGAGUGUUGUGUAAACUUGAAGUAUCUUGAGCUGAAUCACUGCCAUGCUCUGGAAUAUGUGAUUGCAUGCAUUGUCCUUCCUGUAUUGGAGUCAUUGACGAUCCAAGGUGCCGAAAUGCUAAAGGAGAUUUGUCAUGGUGAGGAUCUGCUUCCAGUGGGGUCACGCAAGCAACUAAGCAAGUUGUCUCUGUCAAAUUUACCUUCACUGACAAAUUUUUGGAAGAUAGAAUCUCAACCUGAAUACCUGAGAAAUCUAAGAAGUGUUGAAGUGUGUUCAUGUGAAAGAUUGAAGUCUCUGUUCCAAUUGCCGGGUGCUAGUAAUCUGAAGGAGCUUGAAACGGUUGACAUACAAAACUGCAGGGACUGGAAGAGAUUUUUAUUGGCCUAGAAGGAAGGGGCAACGGCAAACAAACUAAUGAUCAGAUCAACUUCCAUAAUUUGAUUGUCUUGAAUCUUAAAGAUCUAUUAAGCCUCAUGGCAAUCAGCAAAAAAAUUAUAACAUGAACUUUCCUCAAUUGAUCACAUUGAAGCUCCAAAAUCUGCCACAACUUAUCAGUCUGAUGUAUCCAAAUAGUUCAGCUCCAAAAACUGGCUCUACUAUACUACAUUUAGUUGUCCCCAAGGUAAAAUACUUUGGUGAGCUACAAUAUAUGGUGGCGGAUGGAUGUGCAAAACUAUCUGGUAUUUUCUCAUCCAGUUCGGUCCAGAACUAACAGAAUCUAGUGCAACUUGAAAUAAGAGAAUGUGCCACAUUGGCGACAAUAUUUGACCUUGACGGUCUACAAUUCAAAGCAAGGCAUGCUACUGCAACACUACUCUCUUGCCUGGAUAAAAUGGAAUUGAGUAAUCUACCGGCUUUGAAAUAUGUGUGGAACAGCCAAAACUUUCUUGCAUUUGAAAACUUAAGAGAGCUCCAAACUGAGAGCUGUUCCACAUUCAGGUUUGUGUUCCCACAGUCCAUAGUUAAAGGUCUAAUGAAAUUAGAGUCCAUGUAUAUAAGCAAUUGCUCUUGUAUGAAGGAGAUGGAGAUGGAGAGGUAACCAACAAACUUGUUUUCCAAGUAAAGCGUCUCCAUCUUGAGAAUUUAGGUUACCUCGCAACAAUUUGUCCUGCUCCUUGUAAUGUUGACUGCCCAUUGUUGGAAAACCCUGGUGCUCAUUGGUUGCCAUAACAUGACCUUUAGAACCAAAAGAAGUGGCCAGACACAUUUCUUCACUGAAAAGGUUGAUUUUCCAGUCUUGGAGAGGCUGCAAAUUGGGGGCAGCCUUAACUUGAAAGAGAUAUGGAACAACCUUUGUCUGGGGAAAAAGCACAAAAGUGAAAUCAAGCUCAAAAGUUCUUGAUGCAGAACACAAAUGAAAGAUCAACAAGAGCGAGAUUCGGAGUGCACUAUUCCACAUGGGAGUUGACAUGGGUGUCCUCCCGUUUCAGGUAGACAUAUUGAUCAAUCUCUAAACCAUAUGUCAUCCAAAGUAGCCCCAAUUUACAUACUCAAGAUUUUCUCAUUCUGGCACAUCCAAUGCGCCAUCUGUUGCUCCAAAUUGUGGUCCUCUUCAAGUGAUGUGGUUGGUUAAUGCUGUGACAGAUUCGACUUAAUAAAAGAAAAUUUGUUUUGUAGAAGGCUGUGACAAUUCUUAUUCUUUAGCCCUUUCAGCCAUCAUAUUUGUGGCUCGUCACUCUUAAGACUGGGAAGCUGCUGCAGUUAAUCGGCCCUUACCAGUAGCUAAAAGAGAACGAUUGCUUUUCAAGGAAGCAGAAGCCAGAAAUUUGACGUCGAAGGUCUAGAAUACAAAGAAAAGUAUGCUACUACUGCAACAUUACGCCCUUUGCCUAGAGAAAAUGAAAUUGAGUGAUCUAUCCUAGUUGAAAUAUGUGUGGAAUCAAAACAACAUUCUGACAUCUCAAAGCUUAAAAGAGCUCCAAAUUGAGAGCUGUUCCAGAUUGAGAUAUGUGUUCCCAUUGUUCAUAAUUAAAGGUCUAGUGAAACUAGAAUUCAUGUAUAAAUAACUGCUCUCGGAUGGAAGACAUCAUCACAAAUGAAGGAGGCAGAGAUGGAGAGGAAAACAAACUUGUUUCCAAGUAAAGCAUCUCCAUUUUAAGGAUUCAACUUGCCUCAGAACAAUUUGCCCUUCUCCAUGUACGGUUGUCGGCCCAUCAUGGAACACAUUGGUGCUCACCGCGCCGGUUGCCUUAACGGGAAGUCACCAGACCCACUUUUUCACUCAAAAGUGAAGAUGAAGAUGGAUGCGGUCGGAAGACGUUUAUCUGCUUUUUUGGUCAUGUCCAGGUGGAUAAGAUUCUUACCUUCCGAGCAGGAUUUGUUACUUGAUAUCCGAACGUCCAAACACAACUCAUCAGAUCCUGUCCGUGGAUUAUAUAUGAAAUUAAAGCCUGGGCCCACUAAUAAAAGCCUGCCCCAGACUUUUACUGCUUUAUUGUUCUAGUUGAAUAGUGAAGAUCAAAACUAAACUGGGAAUGAGUCUUGAUCAUCUCUCUACUCUCUACUCCUGCCUCCAGAAUUUCUGCAUUUCUCUUUUCUGAACAACAACAAAACAAUUCGAAAGAGAAAGGUACGCGUUAUUUGCCAUUUCCAAUUGAGUUCCAGGCAAUUCUGUUGUCUUUCUUUAUUCAGUUACAAUAUUUGAAGCUUUGUCUUUGUUAGAUUUGUUUCCUUUGUUGUCUUUGGUCCUGCAACCUCCCACCCAAAAAAAAACAAAAAAACAAAAAAAAAUUAGAAAAAAAAAAAUACUGCUUCCAUUUGUCCACCCUUUCUCCCCUUUGCUUCGUAGUUGUUGUUACAUCAAUUCAAUUGUUCUGUGAAUCUCUAGUGAUACAAGAAGGGAAAAAAAAAAAAAAUCCUGCCUUUCGUUUGUAGUUCAUUUCUUUCUUUCUUGGUCCUCCCUCUUGUUGCAUAUUGACAUUCACUUCACUUGCGUUGUGAAUCUGAAUUCCUUCAGUUUCAAAGCACUCACCAGAAGAAAUACAAAAACUGUCCUUCCUUCAAGUCCUUGUCUUUUCAGCAUUCCUUCGAUUACUCCAUCUGUGAUCCUUCUUAGUCAUCAUCAAAAACAAAACCGAGUAGCUAGACAAAUGGCAGAUAUUGUGAUUACAGUUGUUGGAAAAUUAGCAGAGUACACAGUCGCACCUGUUAUGCGACAGUUUGGUUAUCUGAUUAACUACAAGAGCAAUGUUAAAGAUCUCAGAGAGAAGGUUACAAGUCUGACUGCCAAAAGAGAGGGGGUACUACAACGUGUGGAUACAGCAAACAGGAACUUGGAGGCAAUUCUUCCCGAAGUUCAGAACUGGUUGGAGCGAGUAGACCAGACCAUAAAAGAAAAGGAGACAUGUUUUGAAGAAGGAAGAGUAGCCAAGGCAACAACAUGCUGCAGCUCCAAUGGGUGGUGUCCAAAUCUGAAGGUCCGUCAUUCCUUGAGUAGGACAGCAAAGAAGAUGGCUCCAAACGUUGAUCACCUUAUUACAGAUGGAAAUUUUACCACAAUAACUUGUCGUGCUCCUCCGCGGAAGAUUGAUUAUCCAGCCAUUCAAUAUCCUGGGGAUUCCACUGAGGCACCAGCGAAGGGGGCCAGCUCCUCCUCAGGAACAUCCGAUCCUGCUAAGCCACCUGCACCUAUGGAUCUCUCUGAGCGUCUGAAAUAUAGGUUGCCUUAUACAAAGGAUCUCUUGACGGCUCUGCAAGAUGACAAGAUCAGCAUGAUCGGCAUUUCUGGGACAAUCAGAGUGAUAGAUACAGUAACAACUAAAGAGUUCAUGAAAAGAAUGAAACAGAAAAAGCUCUUUGAAGAGGUUGCGAUGGCAGUUGUGUCCCAGGAUCCAGACUUGGAACGAAUACAAGGUGAAAUUGCAGAAAUGCUAGACCUGAAAUUGGAGAAUGGGAGUUUGGUUGAACGGGCAGAGAGGCUACGUGCUGUUUUACAGGCAUCCGAUUCUAAGAAGAUUCUUGUAAUACUGACUGAUAUCUGUGAAAUACCUGAUUUGGAAGCAAUUGGAAUUUCUCGUGUUGAUAUCAAGAAAAGCUGCAAGAUCAUGUUGAUUUCACAACUAUCAAAUGUGUUUGGUGAAAUGGGGACUCAGAGCAAUUUCAAAUUGUUAUCACAAUCCACUCCCAGAGCAAGACCUGUUGAGUUUGAAUCAAGAAUUUCAGUCAUCAGAGAUGUAAUGGAUGCUCUGACAGAUGAUGAAUCCAACCCCAUUGUAAUCUGUGGCAUGGGGGGAAUUGGCAAAACAACCUUGGUGAUGGAAAUUGCUGCAAAAGCGAGUGAAGUAGAUCUAUUUGAUCAUGUUGUAAUUGCAGAGUUUACUCAAGAACCCGACUUGAUCAAAAUCCAAUGUAAAAUUGCUAAUGCUCUAGAUCUGGAACUUAAAGCAGAGGAUGAGAGAGUAGCCAAGUUACGAGAAAGAUUGUCAAUGGAUACGAAAAAGGUCCUUGUAAUAUUGGACAAUUUUUGGGGACAACUAGAUCUGUGGGAACUAGGAAUUCCAAUUUCCCGGGAUCCAAAAAGUUGCAAACUUCUGGUGUCAUCACGGAAUCAAGAUAUCUUUAAAGAUAUGAAAACCAAAAAGAACUUCCUCAUUGGUAGUUUGCUAAAACAUGAUGCCUGGAGUUUGUUUAAGAAGGUAGCAGGAUGUUCCAUUGAAUCCGAUUCCGAGCUGCGUCCUAUAGCAGAGCAGGUUCUGGAUGAAUGUGAUGGCUUACCGGUUGCAAUUUCUACUGUUGGAAGGGCACUACAAGAUGAAAAAAUUCCAGUAUGGAGAAAUGCAGUUAGACAACUAAGAAUGGCUUGCCCAAAAGAUGUUCCAGGAGUUAUAGAGCAUGUGUACGGAAAAAUAGAGUUCAGUUAUGAAUGUCUACCAAGCGAGGAAGCCAAAUCAUGUUUUUUGCUGUGUUGCAUAUUUCCAGAAGGUGAAGAGUUUCCAAUUGAAUUCUUGGUUAUGUUUGCGAUUGGGCUUGGACUUUUUAAAGACAUUGAUUCAAUAUCUGGAGCAAGGAAUUACGUAAUAACAGUGGUUGAAACACUCAAAUGUCGUUCUCUGUUGUUAGACGGUGAUGGGAAAGAUUGUUUUAGAAUGCAUGAUGUGGUGCGUGACGUAGCCGUGUAUAUAGCCUCCAAAGAGUUAGCACAAAAGAAGAGUGAUAAGCUUGAAAGGAGAUAUAUGGAAAGAGGAGGGGUGGAAUUGAACGAUUGGCUCAAGAGCAGUUCACUGAGAGCCGAUAUGAGUACUACUGAGCUUUUAGUGUUGGGACCCACAGAUGGAAUUGAACUGGAUCUGCCAGCCACAAUUUUCGAUGGAAUGGAAAAUCUCAAGGUUUUAAUGAUCUGGUGUUCAAUCCUCCCAUCCCUUUCACUUCUGAAGAAUCUUCAAACACUCAGUCUAGGGUGUUGCCGUCGCAAUAUUGAUGUCAUUGGAGAGCUACGGUCACUCAUGAUACUCAGGUUAUAUGGAUCUGGCAUCAAACAGUUGCCUGAUACAUUCAAAAAUUUAUCUAAUCUGAGGUUGUUAAACUUGACAGGAUGUACAGAGCUUAAAGUAAUCUCACCAGGUGUUAUAUCGAGUUUAUCUCGUCUAGAAGAAUUGUACAUGCCGAAUAACUUUCAUGGUUGGUUGGUUGAGAAACUGGGCUCAACAGAAACAAUCAAUUGGAUCUCUCAAUUGAAGGUUGAUGCCCAACCAGAAGAAGUUGACAGAUGGAAGAAAUUCAACAGGUUGGCGGUUGAGAGGCUAGCCUCAGCAGAAACAACGACUGAUCAGGUCUCUCAACUGGAGGAUGAGGAAAGUAGCGAAUCAGAGGAACUCGACUUCCUUGGAUAUCUGUUCGCAGAGUAUGUUCGAGAUUUAAAAGGAGACUACGACGAUCUCACAAGGUGGGCCAAAUCUAUGGACUGGAGAGUUGGAUUACUUUCAGAGCUACUUUCCUUGUCCCGUUUGACUACUUUAGAAGUGGUUUUACCACCAAUUGAGAUUCUGCGAACCAGUAAGCUAUUUCAUAAGCUUGAAAGAUUUAAGAUCUCUAUUGGAUGGGAUGAGCAUGAAGACUUGGAGGACUUAGAGGGUAACUACUUGAGAGUUUAUAGUCUUGAUGGAAGCUCUCUUGCGGAUACUGAAAUCAGUUUGUUGUUGAGGAAAACUAACCAGCUCGAGUUAAAAAUGAAGAAUUUGAGAGACCCUCUCAAUGUCUUAGAUGUAAACUGCUGUGCAAACUUGGAGUCACUUGCCCUCAAAGACUGUGAUUCUCUGGACUAUUUGAUUGACAUGACUCUUAAGCAAGAUACUCCACGAAGCGUGUUUCCUGUCUUGAAUUAUCUGGAAAUCAAUGGAGCAAGGAGGCUGAAAGAGAUUUUUCAUGGUGACCUGCCACUUGGAUCGCUUCAGAAACUAGAAAGGCUAACUUUACGGGAUUGCAAGUCAUUGGAAGCAAUUUUUGCCUUGGAAGGAUCGGAACAUCAUGUCAAAGAGAUCAACUUCCCUAGUUUGACAAAGUUGGAACUUAAAGGUCUCCCGAGCUUCACUUUCCAGUCAUUGGAUCUAAACUGCUGUGCAAACUUGGAGUCACUUACCCUCAAAGACUAUGAUUCUCUGGAAUAUCUGAUUGACAUGACUCUUAAGCAAGAUACUCCACGAAGCGUCUUUCCUGUCUUGAAUUAUCUAGAAAUCAAUAGAGCAAGGAGGUUGAAAGAGAUUUUUCAUGGUGAGAUGCCACUGGGAUCGCUUCAGAAACUAGAAAGGCUAACUUUAUGGGAUUGCAAGUCAUUGGAAGCAAUUUUUGCCAUGGAAGGAUCGGGACAUCAUGUCAAAGAGAUCAACUUCCUUUGUUUGACAAAGUUGGAACUUAAAGGUCUCCCGAGCUUCACUUUCCAGUCAUUGGAUCUAAACUGCUGUGCAAACUUGAAGUCACUUACCCUCAAAGACUGUGAUUCUCUGGAAUAUCUGAUUGACAUGACUCUUAAGCAAGAUACUCCACGAAGCGUCUUUCCUGUCUUGAAUUAUCUGGAAAUCAAUAGAGCAAGGAGGAUGAAAGAGAUUUUUCAUGGUGAGAUGCCACUGGGAUCGCUUCAGAAACUAGAAAGGCUAACUUUAGGGGAUUGCAAGUCAUUGGAAGCGAUUUUUGCCAUGGAAGGAUCGGGACAUCAUGUCAAAGAGAUCAACUUCCUUUGUUUGACAAAGUUGGAACUUAAAGGUCUCCCGAGCUUCACUUUCCAGUCAUUGGAUCUAAACUGCUGUGCAAACUUGAAGUCACUUACCCUCAAAGACUGUGAUUCUCUGGAAUAUCUGAUUGACAUGACUCUUAAGCAAGAUACUCCACGAAGCGUCUUUCCUGUCUUGAAUUAUCUGGAAAUCAAUGGAGCAAGGAGGCUGAAAGAGAUUUUUCAUGGUGAGUUGCCACUGGGAUCGCUUCAGAAACUAGAAAGGCUAACUUUACGGGAUUGCCAGUCAUUGGAAGCAAUUUUUGCCUUGGAAGGAUCAGGACAUCAUGUCAAAGAGAUCAACUUCCUUUGUUUGACAAAGUUGGAACUUAAAGGUCUCCCGAGCUUCACUUGCCAGUCAUUGGAUCUAAACUGCUGUGCAAACUUGGAGUCACUUACCCUCAAAAACUGUGAUUCUCUGGAAUAUCUGAUUGACAUGACUCUUAAGCAAGAUAAUCCACGAAGCGUCUUUCCUGUCUUGAAUUAUCUGGAAAUCAAUAGAGCAAGGAGGUUGAAAGAGAUUUUUCAUGGUGAUCUGCCACUGGGAUCGCUUCAGAAACUAGAAAGGCUAACUUUACGGGAUUGCCAGUCAUUGGAAGAAAUUUUUGCCUUGGAAGGAUCGGGACAUCAUGUCAAAGAGAUCAACUUCCUUUGUUUGACAAAGUUGGAACUUAAAGGUCUCCCGAGCUUCACUUUCCAGUCAUUGGAUCUAAACUGCUGUGCAAACUUGGAGUCACUUACCCUUGAAGACUGUGAUUCUCUGGAAUGUCUGAUUGACCAAACUCUUAAGCAAGAUACUCCACGAAGCGUCUUUCCUGUCUUGAAUUAUCUGGAAAUCAAUGGAGCAAGGAGGCUGAAAGAGAUUUUUCAUGGUGACCUGCCACUGGGGUCGCUUCAGAAACUAGAAAGGCUAUUGUUACAGAAUCUACCUGCAUUGACGACUAUUUGGACUAUUGGAAGUCAAUCUAGAUGGUUGGGAGAUCUGGCCGCUGUCUAUGACAUAUCAAUAUGGGAUUGCCAGUCAUUGGAAGCCAUUUUUGCGUUGGAAGGAUCGGGACAUCAUGUCAAAGAGAUCAACUUCCUUAGUUUGAGGCGGUUGAAACUUAAAGGUCUACCAAGCUUCACUGGAAUGAGCAAAAGUACUUGUAAGGGGAUGGAAAGGCAACUGGAAGUCAGCAGUCUCCAUCACAAUAGUUUGACCGUUGAACAUUCACUUUUCUCUGACCCCAAGGUUGUCUUUCCCGUCUUGGAAUCCCUGAACAUUAGCCGUCUGGGCAACUUGAAAGAGAUAUGGAAUAGCCGACUUUCACCCAACUCCUUCUCUGAAUUAACAACACUCACUGUCAAGGAUUGUGACAAACUAUUACAUUUGGUACCAACACAAAUGCAAAAUAGAUUGCAGAGAUUGGAGUACAUAAAGGUAAGGAACUGUUCUUCACUGGAAGAGAUUUUUGAAGUCGGAAGAUUGACCGUCAAUGAAGGGAAUGCUUCAAUUUCUCAGUCAGACAAAAUACCUUCAAAUAUUUCCCAAUCUGAUCAAGGGAUGCAAAUAAAUGAUAUCAUGGAUUUCAAACAAUCUUGUCAAGGCUUUCAGAAUUUAACCGUACUAGUAGUUAGAUCUUGUGGCAGUUUGAGAUACCUGCUCUCUCCUUCGAUUGCCAGAGGUCUUGUCAAGCUCGGAUAUCUAGAUAUAAGAUCUUGCGAGAAUAUCGAAGCAAUAGUCGCAGCAGAUGAGGGUGAAGAAACAGAGAAUGAAAGCAUGCUCCCUCAGCUAUAUUAUUUGCAUCUUGGGGAUCUACCCAAUCUUGGAAGCUUUUCGCAAGGCAAAUAUACUUUUGAUUGGCCACGAGUGAGACGGAUCAAAAUUAAAAAAUGCAACAAAAUGAACAACUUUUGUUCAGGAUCCCUCAGCAUCCGAAGGGAAGUGAAGAUAAUUGUCCGUGAUUCUGGUGAGAAUCUUGAGCAGGAGCUGAAUGAUAGCAAGAAAGAAAGCUGAUCAGAUCUGGACUCAGUGCAUUCCUGCUCGUGGAGAAGUUAAUCUAGGAGUGGCGUGGUACAAGUCGGUUGGGAUGUUCUUUAUGUCUGCCGCAUUUUCCGCUCGAGCCCACUUCAGCCUGGGGAGCGGUGGCGACACACUUCUUUAAUCUAGUUGUGUGAUAAGUUUUCUAAAGAAAAAAACGACUGUUGGUCUAUCUUGUAGUUUGAAUCCUUGUGUGUAUUUCAGAUUUUUUUGUAGAUAAUUUGGGUGAGAGAAGAGUGAUAUUUGUGUGAUGAUUAAAAAAAUAAAUAAAAAGUGUGUUGGUUAUCUGUGAUUGA